AUGGGUAACCAAAUUGCUCGAUUUGCGCCUGCUCCAUUAGUCAGCACCGAGGACUAUUUUUCCGAUUUUGUUAGUGUCGCGCGCUUCGAGGAAGAGCUUCUGGGUUCGCGACUUUUUAAAGUUGCAAAAGCGAAGCGUACUCACAAUGGAGGUUCACAGCGGGUUGUCGUUAAGGUUCUUCCAUGUUCCAACGCCAAGGAACUACUCUCCGUCUAUCGACCCACUAUCCAAGCCUACUGUCGUCAUCUUCCUUUCGGACACAAUAUUUUGUCGUUUAAUGUCAAGGCGUCUCCUAAUGGUCGCAAUAUUCUGAUCAUUCGGGAUUAUGUCGACCAGUCUUUGGUGGAUCGAUUAUGUACCCGACCUUUCCUGUGCGUCGAAGAGAAAAAGUGGAUCGCUUUUCAGUUGCUUCAGUCUCUGUCCCAGUUGCACAGUCCUUUCGAUUUGGACCGGGAUUCCCGGGUUGUCGAUCGGCGGCCGGGUUUCGAACGUGAAGAGCAUGCUGCCAUCUUUUGCCAUGGGGAUAUUAAAGCCGAGAAUGUUUUGCUCACCUCGUGGGGUUGGACCUUGUUGGCUGAUCCAGCUCCUUUCAAGCCUUGUUGGUUGCCAGUGGAUAACCCGAGUGAAUUCACGCAUUACUUUGAUUCUUCGCGACGUCGUGUUUGUUACUUGGCCCCGGAAAGGUUCGUUGAAUGCAAAGAGUCUCAACCCUUCGAAAUUCCGCAUGAAAAAGCACCACUUGAGAUUGAUCCUCACGGUCCCAUAUUGACGCGCGACAUUGAGAUUAUCGAAGCUACUUCAGAUAGCCCGAAGCCUUCUAGGAUGCGGGAUUCUCUCGUUGGAUCUGACUUCACACCAGUAGAUCAAGAGUUACGCCUUGCAGCGGACUGCACCAGUAGUGAUUUCAGCAAACAAUCUGUGCCUACCGAACCACCUGAUGGUAAAAUAUUGCCCGGGUCGAAAUCCAACUUAAAAGGUGCUGCAUCCAUAUCUUCUUCUCUUCAGUCGGUGGGUUAUGGUACCGAAUCGUCAAAUCCGGAAUCUUUGGUAACGCAAGCCAUGGAUUUAUUUUCCACGGGGUAA